UCAGUAGUAGCGGUCUAUAUACGGAAGACACCACAGUUUGGGAAAGACAAUUGUGUUUCCAUGCUUGUGAAUUGCGAAGUAACGUUAUAAGACUUAUGGUCGACCGGGGGCAUUGACUGUCACUGAAAGAGGAUUCAUAGCAGAGGAGCCUCGAUGAGGAAACAGCGCAAGAAAUAGCCAACGUCCCUUGUGACGAGAGCAACGGCUCCCCUUUACCGUGUAUCACCGCAAAAGAAAGGGGCAACAACUUCAACGGUACUCGCCUGAAGCGUGGACACAGGAGGUCUAUGAGAGGGUGAAUCAUGCGGUUAACAGCCCCCCUUAGAGCUGCGGCCCUGCUGCUGUUGGUGGGGCUCACCUGGCUGUUGGCAAACACCUUAUUUGGAGGAGACGGUGGUUCGUCUGUGCGGCAUUUCUUCAGCGGUGCAAGCGAGAAACCAACAGAUGCUGAAUCCCGCCCUCGACGGUUUAAAUGUGGACUUUCGGCUCCCUGUCCACCAAAACAUUUGGCUUUCCGCCUGGUGUCUGGUGCUGCCAACGUCAUAGGACCCAAGAUCUGCCUGGAGGACAAGAUGUUAAUGAGCAGCGUGAAGAACAACAUUGGCAGAGGACUCAACAUAGCUUUGGUGAAUGGAGUGACAGGAGAGCUUCUGGAUACGAAGACCUUCGACAUGUGGGCAGGAGAUAUUUCUGACCUGUUGAAGUUUGUCCGGCCGCUCCACGAAGGAACACUCGUGUUUGUGGCAUCCUUUGAUGAUGCAGCUACAAAGUUGAACGACGAGUCUCGGCGACUGUUUGAGGAUCUCGGCAGCACUGCGGUAAAGGAGCUGGCCUUCAGGGACAGCUGGGUGUUUGUUGGAGCCAAGGGCAUCGAGAAUAAGAGUCCCUUUGAGCAGUACAGUAACACCUGGGGUGGCUCCAAGUGAAUGUUCAAAAAGCCAGGGAAUGACUAAAACCACCUGAGAUCUGGGCCACAAACAACAUUUGAUCCCCCCCCCCCCCCCAUCUCAUGGCAGUGGCAUGAGUUGACUGCAAGGAUUUUCUUGGGACUUAAUGUAUUUAAAAUGUUCUGUAACUUGUUAUAAAGGAUUUGUGCAUUAAGCUUUGUGAGCCAUUUUUGAGCAGAUGUAAUAUUGUAGAAACGAGGGAAUUGUUUGUGUCGGGUGAAGAGAAACUUGAGAGGCCAAAUGUUUGAUGACCAAAGUGCAACAGUGACGAGUGAAUGAAUGCAGCUGGAGCACGUCUUCCAAAGCCAUUGCAGGAAGUGGACGUGUUUCCUCUCUGCAGGCCUGUCUGUAAUGUGUCAAUAUUGCUAAGUAAAACAUUUGAGGUACACUAAUAGUUUAAAUGUCCUACCAGACACCACGUCCGUAGGCAGAUUUUAACUCGUGAAUAUACUUUCAUCGUGUGAUACAUAUUUCAGUGAUAUUGUUAUGUCUGGUGUUAGCUGCCAUUGCUUCCUUUCGAACUUGACACACUGCAGUUAUUGCUUGCCACAUGUUUACAUAUUCCUUCAGACAAAUUUGGCCUAUAGGUCAUUUUCCUCUGAUAAAACUAUUUAUUUUAAUACUCUAUUAGAAAACACAGGAGAUUCAUAGUGUGGGUUCAUCAUAACACCGCCCGUGGUUUUAAUGUUGUCUCAGGCCUGCACGCAAUCUUCUAACCCGAGUGCUUUGUUUAAAGAUCCUGAGUGCUUUGUUUAAAGAUCCUAAGUGUGUGUGGUUGUGUUUUUCAUGUUUAUUGUAUCAACCUGUCAUCUUGCAAGCCUAACAAUGAAAUAAAUAUAUUUUACAUGGAUGGUUAGAUGGCAAUUUUAGCUGCCUUUUUGUCUGAAUUGUUUUAUUUUACCUCUAAGUGUAAAGAUUUUUAUACAAAGCGUCGCAACCAGUCUUUCUAAUGUGACAACAAUAAUCAUGAAUAAAACGGUCCGAGUA